AUGUCCCCAAACCCCAAACCCAGGAAGUUGGUCGGCUUAGUCAACAAUGCUGGAGUCUCCCGACACCUCAUCUUCGAGUACGAGAAAUUGGAGGAAGUCAUGGCGCUGUACAACGUGAACGUCUUCGGCGUUUACCGCGUGACCCAGGCCUUCUUGCCCCUCCUCCGUGCCAGCGGUGCGGGCCGCGUGGUCAACGUGGGAUCUGUGGCACCGACUCUGCCAACCAGCGGCUACAGUAGCUACGCAGGAUCCAAGAACGCCCUGGAGUCUAUUAGCGAUGUGCUGAGGUUGGAGCUUGCGCGCUACAACAUGUCGGUAAGCCUUCUCAAGCCUGGCAUGGUCCACUCGGCACUACAUGGCAAGAUCUCAGGCGGCAACGCUGCUUGGCGCCGAGCCGAGGACCUGGAAGGCUUCCGUGCGGAAUGGGGCGAUUGGGCAGACCGCUUCGAGGACCAGCGGCGAGAUCGCGAAGCCAAAGCGGAUGGAGCCGAGGUAACGACCGAGGCCAUACGCCAUGCUCUCCGCUCCGAGUAUCCGCAAACACGGUACGUAGUUGCAAACGUGCAUGGUAUCCCGUGCCAAGUCCUCGCCUGGCUAAUGUGGCUGCUGCCGGAUCGAGCUCGGGAUAUCGUGCUCUCCUAG